CGGGUCACCAGGCAUCAAGUCAUUUGGCUCGACAGCGAGCACCGCGUCAUCUGGCAAGGCAGUGGGCUCCGAGUCAACUGGCAUGACCGCGGGCACCGGGGCAGACAUUGAAUCGUCUGGCUGGACAGCGGGCAUCGGGUCACCAGGCAUCAGGUCAUUUGGCUCGACAGCGGGCACCGCGUCAUCUGGCAAGGCAGUGGUCUCCGAGUCAACAGGCACGACAGUGGGCACCGGGUCAUCAGGUACCGGAUUGUCUGGCUCGACAGCGGGCAUCGGGUCACCAGGCAUCAGGUCAUUUGGCUUGCCAGCGGGCACCGCGUCAUCUGGCAAGGCAGUGGGCACCGAGUCACCAGGUACGACAGCGGGCUCUGAGUCAAUUGGCACGACAGCGGGCACCGGAUCAGGUACCAGAUCAUCUGGAUCAACAGCGGGCAUCGAGUCAACUGGC